AUGGCUGAUGAGGCGGCAGCUUGGCAGCAGGAUGAUGCGUUUGAGGAGGAAGAGGACAUUGAUGAAACGGGCUAUAAAUCUGUCAAAGACGCUGUCCUUUUCGCCAUUGAGAUCAGCGAGUCCAUGUUGACUCCGCCUCCUGACACUGGCUCCAAGAGAGCUGAUAAAGAAUCACCUGCCACUGCUGCCCUGAAGUGCGCAUAUUUCCUGAUGCAGCAGCGGAUAAUUUCAAACCCAAAGGACAUGAUUGGUAUCUUACUAUACGGGACUGAAGAAUCCAAGUUCUAUGACGAAGAUGAGAGUGGCCGGGGAAGCCUAUCAUACCCACACUGCUAUCUGUUCUCAGACCUUGACGUGCCAGCAGCAGAGGACGUGAAGAGGCUCAGGGCAUUAGUGCAUCAAGAGGAAGAGGCAGAACAGAUAUUAGUCCCGUCAAAAGAACGCGUCUCAAUGUCCAAUGUGUUGUUUUGUGCAAACCAGAUUUUUAGCUCUAAGGCUCCCAAUUUCUCCUCCAGACGAUUAUUCAUCGUGACAGAUAAUGAUGACCCUCACUCCAAAGACAAGGCACUGAGGUCCGCAGCAACUGUGCGCGCGAAGGAUUUAUACGACCUUGGCGUUAUUAUCGAGCUCUUUCCAAUAUCCCGACCAAACAAGGAAUUCGACCGGUCAAAAUUCUUUGAUGAUAUUAUAUACAAAGCAUCUCCGACAGAUCCAGAAGCCCCAGCCUUUCCCACGGCACAAACCAAAACCUCAACUUCCGGUGGUGAUGGUAUCUCACUCCUAAAGUCAUUGCUCUCUUCGAUCAACUCCAAAUCUGUACCUCGUAGAGCACUAUUUUCAAAUGUGCCAUUGGAAAUAGGGCCUGAUUUCAAAAUCUCCGUUACUGGAUACCUAAUAUUCAAACGACAAGAACCUGCGCGUAGUUGUUACGUAUGGCUAGGGGGCGAGGUGCCACAAAUAGCCAAAGGUAUCACUACCCAGAUGGCGGAUGAUUCUGCUCGAGAAGUGGAAAAGUGGGAGAUUAAGAAGGCAUAUAAAUUUGGCGGGGAGCAAAUUUCUUUUACUCAAGAAGAGCAGGCUUCACUCCGAAAUUUCGGUGAGCCUACAAUCCGCAUCAUCGGAUUCAAACCGCUCUCGGCACUUCCAAUCUGGGCCUCUAUGAAACACCCAACGUUCAUAUAUCCGACCGAGGAAGGAUAUGUUGGUUCCACGCGCGUCUUCUCGGCCCUCUAUCAAACACUUUUGAAAAAGGAGAAACUAGCGCUUGUAUGGUUCGUCCCUCGUAAGAACGCUGCUCCCGUUAUGGCUGCUAUGAUUCCCGGUCGUCCAAAGCUGGGCGAAGACGGCGAAGAAGUUAUCCCGCAGGGAAUGUGGAUCUUGCCUCUCCCAUUCGCGGACGAUAUUCGACAAAACCCAGAAACAAACCUUAUUACAGCCCCAGAUUCAUUAGUCGAUAAAAUGCGGACGGUGAUUCAAUUACUUCAGUUGCCAAAGGCACAAUACGACCCCCAGAAGUAUCCGAAUCCUUCUUUACAAUGGCAUUACCGCAUUUUGCAAGCUCUUGCUCUCGACGAGGACCUUCCAGAACAGCCAGAAGACAAAACAGUACCAAAAUAUCGUCAAAUUGAUAAGCGUGCUGGUGAAUUCGUAAUAGCCUGGGGCGAAGAGUUAGAAAGUCAACAUCUGAUGAUCGAAGCGAAACAACCAGCAACCUCAACCCUCGUCAAGCGCCCAGCAAGCAGGGCGCAAGAUCAAGUCAAAGGAGAUUCACGCCCUACAAAGAAGACGAAACCAGCCUGA